AUGAAGCUGCUGUGUCUGCUGCUGUGCGUUUAUUGUGCGCAGAGCAGCGGCGCUGGCAGCGCCAAAACGCUGGCACAACAGCGCGCCGAAGUUGAAAAGCUGCGCGGCGAGCUAAACGAAGCCUUUGAAGCUGGUGAACCAGAGCCGGAGGGCGUUAUAGUGCAGCCAGGCUGGACGCAGAAGACAGCGGGACAGCAAGCGACGCCUAGCAAGGUGGUGGUAAAUGAAAGUAAUUUAAAGGCAGCGCAGCAGCUGCGCCAAGAGAUAAACCAAGCAGUGCGCCAGCAGGGCCAGACACAAGAGGUGAAAGAGCUGGAAGCGGCCAUCAAAGCCAAAACUGCAGCAGCAGAAAAAGAUUCAGCAUUGGGUAGUGCGCAGCAGGAAAUGCUGGGCGCUGCACAAGAGGACGAUCCGCAGUUGCAGACAAAUGUUGUAGAUGCUGCAGCGCUGGACAUAGACUUGGAGCAGUUGCAACAAUUGGAGCUAUCAAAGCGGCGCACACGCGAAAUGCUGCAGUUGAGCCGCAUAGAGGAAGAGAUGCAAUUUGAACUCGGCGUAGAUGUGCAGCAAUGGCUACAGUUUAUGCAAAAUGGCAGUGUCUAUUUACUAGGCAGACGCAGUAACGAUUUGUUAGUGCUGCAGUGGCAAGAGCAAAACUUUCAAACUAUAGGCGCGCUGCCACUGCCGGCAGAAGUGACCACGCUGAUCAGCUGGGAGUUGCCGCAGGGCAGCGUGCUGCUGUUGGCGAGUGAACAGCAAUUGCUUUGGCAACGCCUGCAAUUGCAGCCCCUGGAGUUGCAGCCAAUUUGGCAAUGGCCUUUGGGCAAUAGCAUCGAGAAGCUACUGCCCUUUGCCUGGGACAACCGCGACUACCUGGCGUUGGUGCAACAGCAGACGCUUAGCAUUUAUGCUUACAAUAUGAGUGCCUUGGAGUUUUGGAUUGUGCAGCGUUUGCGCAUGGAGGCGCCCAUAACAACGCUGGCUGUGCUUGAUACGGCACGAGAGCUACUACUAGCCGUAGGCCAGCCGGAACAGGCUUUAAUCUAUGCACAACAGUCGGGUGAGCUCACUUGGCAGCUGCGUCAGCGUUUGGCAGCGCCACAGCUGCUGGACAUUGAAGCUUUUCAAAUGGGUGGACGCAGUUACUUGGCGCUGGGCGGACAGCAGCCACAGAUUCUGGCCUAUGUGCAGGGCCAGCUGCUGCCACGCACGCUGCUUGGGCAGAACUUUGGACAUGUGGAACGUUUUCUUGCUGUGCCCGUGCGCAGCUAUAGAGAUGAUCUACUGCUGUUGGUGCAACAUCGCGUGCACUUUGAUACGCACUCGCUGCUGCAGCUGGAGGUGCUCAUCUGGAAUGGCGAGGCAUUUGAGGCCAGUCUGCCACCGCCUUGUGUAUUGGGCGCACAGACACGCUAUGGCGCCAGCUGCCUGUUGGAUGAACAACGUGAGGCGGGCUUGAAGGGCGCCACGCUGCUGCGCCAGCAGCAAAUGCCUAUGAUGCUGCUAGUGCCACGCCAGGCGGCACCUUCGGGACUGUUUCGCUUGCACACACAGCUGCUGCCACGCAACUCGGAGCUGCAUGAUCUGCAAGAGAUCUACGACUUUAUGCGUCAAUGGCUGCAGGAGCAGGAUAAAGAGCUGGCAGCCAUGCAAAGCGAACUGCAGCAACUGCACACGCCGCUGCUUGUCAAUGAGGGCGCGCACAUAGAGCAGCUGUUUGUCAAUGAUUUGCCUUGGACUGAGGCGGAUGCGCAGUUGGAUCUGCACACGCUGCUACAGGACAUACGUGUGCUUAAGGAUCAACUACCAGCUACGGGAGCACGCGAUAAGCGUCAACCGCAGUCACAUGCACAAAUAUUCCCGUAUCACUAUGAACAGCUAGAUGUGGACUAUGUGCUGGCGGAGCAGCUCAGCUUGCAGCGCUGGAACGAUUUGCCUUUCUAUGUGCAGAAUGCUACGUUGCAGUUCAAUGGCAGCCUCAAUGUGCAACAGCUGCAGGUGCUGCAACCUCGCGUGCUGCCACAAGCUGCUGCCGCCAAGCCAAGCUCCAAUCAAUUGCAACGCUUGCUACUCAAGGGCAAUCUGGACUGCAAGUUUAUCAACGGCAUCGAGUGGCACAAGUUCAAUCAGAAUUUGGUCUGGCGUCGUGAGCCUUUACAUCUGUCCCAGCUGCUAGUACAAGGUCCCAUUGUCUUUGAGGACUCGCUGCACUUGAGUUCGCUGAAUGAGCUAAGCUUUCCAGAUGAUUAUCUCUGGUCCCAGGGCAGCGCCACGACAGUGGUGCAUGCACCCAAGCAGUUUACCCAGACGCUCUCUGUUAAUGCUUUGGACACUGUUGGCGCCAUCAAUGGACGCGAUCCGUUAGACGCUAUUACGCUCAGCGAUGAUCAGGAGUGGCCAGGCUUGGUAAGCUUCAGCCAGCUGGAGGUAAGCGAGCAGCUGCAGUUAAAUGGCAGCGCACAGGGUCGAGAGUUUGAGGAUGCGCCACUGAAUCCUACACUGCAGGAAGCGCAGCAUAUAACAGCUGGCUGUCACUUUGCCAAGCUGUUGGUGCAGGGUCCACUGCGUCUGCGUGGCUUGCUGGACAACAGCAGCUUUGAAGCGCUGCUAGGCGAUUUAGCACAGCGUCAAGCGGAUGCCAAUGAGGAAAUAGUGAUAGCUGGCUUGAAGCAGAUUGAAAAGCUUGCACUGCCUGUGGAUGCGCAUGUGGCUGAUGGACAAGUAAGCGGCAUACCGCUGGAGCAAUUUGUCACCAAGCAUACAACUCAACAAUUGGAUGGAUUAAGCAGUCUGGCCGGCUUUGUCUACUUUCAUAGAUUAAAUGUAAGCGGCAGCUACGAUGGCGUGCAGCUGGAGCAACUGCAGCGUGAAGCUUUGCGCGUGGAUGCGCCACUUAAAGCGUCGAGCACACGUUUGCGCUUUGAGCAGGCGCCGCAGGUAGCACAACUCGAAGUAAUUGACAGCUUGAAUGAUGUGGCAUUGACGGAUUAUCAAACGCUAUUGGAGCCAGUGCACUUACAGUCUGCGCACUUUGACAACUUGCAGGCCGCGCAGCUGAACGUGCAGCAAGAUGUAACAGGUGCAGCAAAGCUCAAUGGUCAAACGCUGCAGCAACUGCUAAAGCAACAGCAGACGUUGCCAAGUUUGCUGCAAGUGCAGGACUUGAUUUUACCCAAUGGCGUGCAGGCGGCGCAGCUGCAGGGAUUGCAGGCAGAGCUGUUGCUUAACUUUCUGCAACAGCUGGACGAGUUGCCACUGCUCAUUUUACAUGGACAGCUGCAAGUGCAGCAUAUAACAGUACAGGGCGCAGUGCAGGCGUUAGCAGGCAUCAAUGGACAUGACUUGGCGCAGCUGCAACGUGAUGUGGUCUGGCUGGAUCGAGAGCAAGAGCUGCACACAAGCUGGCGCUUUGAGCAGCCUGUGAGCUUUGCCAGCGACUUGUCACUCAAUGGCAGCUACAAUGAGCUGCAUUUGCUGCCCGAGGUGAUGCAGGAUGUAGUCUGGCGCUCAGAGCAGCCGCUGACUAUAGUGGGCACCAAGCGAUUUACCGGUCACUUGCAAGUGUUGGAGCAACUGCAGCUGCAUGGCUUGAACGGUGUGCCCAUGGAACAUGUAGCCCACACACUAAAGCCUUUGGUAUUCCAAGGUAAUGUUAGCUUGGCAGCCGCUCUAAAUGUGCAUGAGCUGCAGCUGCUGGGCGAACUUAAUGGCCACUCACUAGAGCCGCUGCAGGAAAAGCUUAGCUAUUCCACGGAAUACCAACAAUUUGUAGUACGUGGUGUGGUGCCAUUGCCAGCUUUGGAGCUUGAAGAGCUUACUGUGCUAGGACAUCUAGGCAAUCGCAGCUACGAGCCUCUGCAGCAAUUCUUUGACAAUUUGGUUUACAAGUCCGAAACGAAUCCUUUAAUAACAUCACCCAAGAUCUUCAAUGGGCGCGUUAGCUUGGAAGGCGGUGUGCAUGUGCAGCAACUUAAUGGCGUCAACCUAACGCAGCUGCUGCCCCAGCUUAUAUACCUAGAUGAAGCCGAGGUGACUAUAACAUCACCCGUGCGCUUUAUGGCGCCCAUUAGCAUGAAACAGCUUGAAGUGUCGCAUCUCUCCUUGCCUGGACAUUUACUAAACGGCUGCAACAUUACCGACUGGAUAUACGAUACAGUGCGCGUGGAUAAAAACUGGGAGGCAACAGUGCCGCUAAGCUUUGCCGCAGGCUCGUUGGAUUACAAUGCCUUGGAAGUCUCACAGCUGAAUCACCUGAAUCUCAGUAAUCUGAUUACAUUGCAUACGCCACAGGAGCUUAGCAUGCCGCUGUUGGCCAAGGAGCUGCAUCUGACUGGAGGUCAAGUGGUUUUCACAGGUUUGGUCAAUGAACAAUAUAAUCUAACUGAAGAGUACGCCAACACACUACUGGUAAGUCCAACUGCUGACGGGAGACUAAUUUAUUUUACGGAAUCUCCGCAUGUGCAGCGCGUGGAGACGCCGCUAGUACUGCAGUCCAUUGAUGUGACUGGCAAUGUUUAUGCCAGCGCGCCCGUUAAUGGCAAUGCACAACUCAAUCUUAGCGAUGUGGCCAGCAGUCAGGAAGCAGAACUGGUAUUACAAACUCCCAUUUACUUUUCAAGACUGUUGGCGCCCGAGUUGCUCAGUCAGCAGCAGCAAUUGAAUGGCUUUGAUUUCACGUCGUGGCAUAGCAACAGCUUGUGGUCCAAGGGACGCGCAACGCAGCGGAUUAGCGGCAAUUGGAGCGUGCGCUGGCUGCGCGUGAAGCAGGCGCCAGAGAAUGCUGAAAUACGACAACGCAGGCAAUUGGAUGCAGUAGCCUGGCGACAGAACUUUGGCGAGCUGUGCCAGCGCAUAGGCAGGCUCUUUGGACUGCUGCCCUAUAAACUGACGCAGCUGAGAAGCCAAUUUGCGAUUAAGCAGACAGCACAGCAGCGGGAUUUGAGACGCGUGCUGUUGCUGCAGGAUGGUAACUAUUUGUUAUUGAAUGAGCAGGGCUGUUGGACGCGCGUCUAUCGCUGGAAUGGCACAGGUUACAAAGCAUUGGCGGCCUUUGAGAGCGGACCAGUGGAUGAAUUGUGGGAGCUGGAAGCAGUGGACAACAAUAGCUUUAGCUUUGUGACGAGAAAUCAAAUGGCAGAGCAGUCGAAUUGCAGCAACAGGCAGCAGCUACAAAGCUGGCGAUUGGCUGGAGAGCAGCUAGAGAUGUUAAAGAUGCCCAAGGAGAAGUUUAAGCAGCUGCAAGUGGAGCAGCCAUUGGAUAUGGAGCAACCCUGGCAUAGCGUGCGUUAUAUAAACGCGUCACAAGUGGAGUCAGACACUGCUGCUGGCUAUAGCCCCCAACAGUUGGUUAUACUGCGUCAGCGUCUGCUGCAGCAGCUCAGCUUUCGACUGCAGACGGAGGUGAGCAUAACACAGCUUAGCAUACCCGAGCGCGAUCUUUACGAGGAUGAGCAGCUGCUGGAGCAAGUAUUGAAUCUUAUGACGCAGCUGCCGCAGUUGAACACAUUGCCGCUGCCCAAUACUCCAGCACGUGUGUUGGCCUGGCGCAGUGUACAGCUUACAUGGCAGGCGCUGGAGGAGCUGCAGGCCUUGGAGCAGCGUUAUAAUGCAACUCAGGAGCAGCAGCAGCAGCAAGCGCAACUGCAGCAAUUUAUGCUGCAGCUGUUGGACUUAGCCUACGAACCUGGUCAGGAUGACAGCAGUCAGCUGCAUGAUGUCAUAGCGCGUCUGCGCGAGCUACAAGCCAAACUGGAGGUGGACCAAGAGGCGCCUGUAUCAUCCUCGAGCAGCGAGCAGAGCACGCAAUUGCCGCAGUCGGCGCAGGCCUGGCGCAGCGUAGAAACCAUACGCUUGGAUGUGGGUCGUGGUCAGCAAACGCAUGCGCUCUAUGCGCGUCUCACUCUGCCCAUUACAAUGCCAAUGCCAAGCAUUGCUCAUGUCCAGCUUUAUUAUGGCAACGGCUCGCUUUUCCAGACGCUGCCCGCCGCGGACAAGGCACGUCAUCUUGUCCAGCUACGCGUGCGUGAGGAAACGUUGCUGGCCUUUGUGGAGCACUGCUGCCAGGUGCGCGUCUUCAUCUAUCGUGGCCUGCAAGGAUUUGUGCCCUUUGCACAGUUCCAAGCGCCAUUCCAGGUGCUGCAGUUGCUCAUGCUGCGUCUGCCGCUCUCACAUGCGCCUGGAGCACGUUACAUGCUCGCUGUAGCGCAGCCACGUCAGCUGAGCUUCUAUGAGCUGCUUGUGCCCGGACUGCUGGAGCCUUGGCUGCAUUGCAACUAAGUCUAGCUUAUACUAGUUUAUGUCUAUUGCCUUUGUUGUUACACAUUUAUUAUAAUUUGUUUAUAGAAGCACAAAUUGUUAAUCAAACCUAUGUACAUAACAAGUUGUUAGUUGAAUCACGCUGUAUUUGUUGUAAAUAAAAUGUUGGA